AGAACAAAGCCUUAGGCAAAUGGUGUGCCUAGCCUAGGAAACUAGGGAGACAUUAUCACAUUUGGCUCUUACUGCUUGGUUUUCAUUGUGUAAUCCAGUUAUUUCUAACAGGGGUUUUAAAUUGUGCAAACAAAGUAAGUUGCAAUGUUUUAUUCAUUCUUAUGUUGUGCUCACUCUAGGUGGCUGGAACACAUGAUCUUUAGCCCUUUAACAGGGCAGCAGAAUGACAACAUUAAAACACAACAAAAAUUUAAUCAAAACACUUGCAUGCCGCACUUUGGAGAAUUUGAAACAAUUACUUACUAAACUUUGCACAACCUAUUUUUCCUUAUGACUAUUUGGGCCUCCGAUGAUUUGUCUUGUUCACAUGGUUAAAACUAAACAAUUUGGUCAUGUAUGAUUAAUAGCCAUUAUAUAUGAGAAUUGGCAUUGGGCAAAAUUUGGAAACAGAACACAUGGCCUCAUUGUGUCCACUUUUUUGAUAGCAUUGUUUAAAUGUAAAACAUGUUCUACCUCGAGAACUUGGCUUUAAACCAAAGCUUUUAGUUUGAAACUAAACGGAAGUACGGUGUUUGAUAGCGUGUGAGUCUUAGUGGUGAGGCUGUUCCGUAUCUCCUGCGGAAAACACCCAGCAGCCAGAGAGUCAGUAGCGGGGGCUGUGCACUCAUCGAGCCUACCGUCCCAAAUCCAUCGUUUGCCUUCCUUCAGGCCGAGAUUGCUGGUGCAUUCUCAGCCUCUGCACACGGAUCUAUCCGGCCUCUCUCAACGCUCCAUCUGCCUUUAUAAGGAGUAGGUGAAGUCAGGCUCUGGUCAGGUCAUGUAAGGUGGAAACAUGGAAGGCAAAAACAAUCGGAAAAAAGCUACCUGAACCCAGGGAAUGAGCAACAUUGAGGAAGUCUGUGUGCAUGGAAUGAAUUCAUCUCUGACAUGGUACACAAAUGCGGAGUACAAAGGUGGAAGGGUGGUGGUCAGGCCGUAUGAGGAAAUAAAAAGUGCAUGUUGUUCGGGAUCACGUUGCUGAGUAGGCGUGCUCAGUCUGUGCCUGUGACACCGGACGUGUCACCAGAGUGAGUCAAUGACAGCAGCAGCGACUGGAGUGACCACAGACACAGCCAUGUAAGAAAACGUCGUUCCACUUCACACUGCUGUGAUCGAUGCCACAUGCAGACUGUCAGAGGAAGUCGUCGCUUACUCAGCAGAGGAGGAACCAGCAGAUGAUGUGCAUCUGAAACAUUUCUCUUUUCAACAGAGAGCAGGGAUUGAUGCUAGCCAGCUACUGUCAUGCCUCGCAAUCGAGCCUUUUCUGAACCAGAAUACUCAGCGGAGUACUCGGCUGACUGCUCAGUGACGCUGCCCUCUGACCCCGGGCAGGCCGUGGGACGAACACAUGAAGUCACUGUUCGGAGUUCAGGAUGCUGCCUGUGUCUGCCCAGGUUCAUGCGCCUCACCUUUACUCCUGAGUCUUUGGAGAACCUCUAUCAGACCUACUUCAGACGGCAGAGACAUGAAACCCUGCUGGUGCUGGUCGUGUUCGCCGCACUCUUCGACAGCUACAUCAUUGUCAUGUGCACGGUGGUCUUCACAUCUGACAAACUGGCCACUGUGCUGGUGGCUUCAGUUGGACUGGCAGCAAAUAUCAUUCUGUACCUACUCUGUCGCUUCAGCGUGCUGCCGGACCGCAUCUCCAGACGGGUGGUGCCCUACGCCCUGUGGGUGCUCAUAGCAGCCCAGAUAUUUUGUUACCUGGGUUUGAACUACGCUCGCUUCCACCAGCCCAGUGACACAGUGGGCUGGCAGGCUUUCUUCAGCUUCUCCUUCUUCUUGACUCUGCCUUUGAGGCUGACGCCCAUCGUGCUCAUCUCGUCAGUGUCCUGUGGUGUCCACACUCUGGUUCUGGGGGUCACCAUUGCCCAGCAACAACAGGAGGACAUCCAGGGAGCAGCACUUGGCAGACAGCUUCUGGCCAACAUUGUCAUCUAUGUAUGUGCCAUUACUGUGGGCGUCAUGUCCUACUACAUGGCCGACCGCAAGCACCGGAAGGCAUUUCUGGAGGCCAGGCAGUCACUAGAAGUCAAGCUGAACCUGGAGGAGCAGAGUCAGCAACAGGAACGCCUGCUGCUCUCCAUCCUCCCAAAGCACAUAGCUGAUGAGAUGCUUCAGGACAUGAAGAAGGAGCCCAGUCAGAAAGAGAUGCAGCAGUUCAACACCAUGUACAUGUACAGACACGAAAAUGUCAGUAUUCUGUUUGCAGACAUCGUGGGCUUCACUCAGCUGUCAUCGUCCUGCAGUGCUCAGGAGCUGGUCAAACUGCUCAAUGAGCUUUUCGCACGUUUUGACAAACUGGCUGCUAAAUACCACCAGUUGAGGAUCAAGAUCUUGGGUGACUGCUACUACUGCAUCUGCGGGCUGCCGGACUACAGAGAGGACCACGCUGCCUGCUCCAUCAUGAUGGGCCUGGCCAUGGUCGAGGCCAUCUCGUACGUACGGGAGAAAACCCAGACCGAUGUUGACAUGCGGGUGGGGGUGCACAGUGGCACAGUUCUGGGAGGUGUCCUUGGCCAGAAACGAUGGCAGUAUGACGUCUGGUCCACAGAUGUCACAGUGGCCAAUAAAAUGGAGGCUGGGGGGAUACCAGGUCGUGUCCACAUCUCACAGAGCACCAUGGAGUGUCUUCACGGGGAGUUUGAUGUGGAGCCAGGGAACGGAGGUGACCGCUGUGACUACCUGAAGGAAAGAGGCAUCGAGACUUACCUGGUGGUCGUUCCUAAAGGAACAGUGGGAAAUAGUUGCAUCAAUGGCGCAAAACUCUCUGUUACCUCUUCCAAUGGAAACUCCCCGCUGUUAAUCAACACCACCGAGUGUAAUGGCAGUGCUAACACAGCCUGCACCACACCAGAGGAACCAGAAGAACUAGAUACGAGGGUAAGCAGGGGGAGGCUACGGCUGCGGGACCUGGCUGAGAGGGUGAUUGAUGCUCAGGAGAACGAGCAGGAACUCAACAAACUGCUCAACGAGGCACUGCUGGAGAGAGAGACAGUCCAGGCUUUGAAGGGAAAACACACAAACCGCCUCUCGCUGAGGUUUGUGGAUCCAGACCUGGAGACUCGUUACUCUGUGGAGAAAGAGAAGCAGAGCGGCGCUGCCUUCUGCUGCUCCUGUGUCGUUCUGCUCUUCACCGCAGUCAUGGAGGUGCUCAUAGACCCCUGGCUGAUUGCAAAUUACAUCACCUUUGCGGUGGGAGAAGUCCUGCUGCUCAUCCUGACAAUCUGCUCUCUGGCUGCCAUCUUCCCCCGGGUCUUUCCCAAAAAGUUGGUGUCGUUCUCCUCUUGGAUCGAUCACACACGCUGGGCUCGUAACACCUGGGCCAUGGCAGCGAUCUUCAUCCUCACCAUGGCCGACAUCAUGGACAUGUUGAGUUGUUUGCCUCGGGUUUCUGACCCGGGCGGUGCUACAGCGACUCCAUCCUCCACCUCCUCGUCCUCCACCUGGUCUGUCCCUAAUGGCUGCAUGGACAACCCCAAAUAUUACAGCUACAUAGCUGUGCUGGCUCUUAUGGCAACCACUAUGCUGGUCCAGGUCAGUCACAUGGUCAAGCUCACACUGAUGCUUCUCAUCACUGCGGCCACCGGCCUGGUAAACAUCUACAGCUGGCGAGACAUCUUUGACCGCUACGACAUGGCCCGUUUUCAGGACUACAGGUCAUACCUUGUCCCCUCAAAGUUCACUAUGACCAUUAUGAUCUUCAUAAUGAUGGUCAGCUUCUAUUAUUUUUCCCGACAUGUGGAGAAACUCGCCCGCACGUUGUUCCUGUGGAAGAUUGAAGUCCAUGAGCAAAAAGAGAAAGUUUACGAGAUGAGACGCUGGAAUGAAGCCCUGGUGACCAACAUGCUGCCUGAACAUGUGGCUCGCCACUUCCUGGGCUCGAAGAAAAGGGAUGAGGAGUUGUACAGUCAGUCCUAUGAUGAGAUUGGAGUCAUGUUCGCCUCCAUCCCCAACUUCUCUGACUUCUACACAGAAGAGAGCAUUAAUAAUGGAGGGAUCGAAUGUUUACGCUUCCUUAAUGAGAUCAUCUCUGACUUUGACAGUCUGCUUGAUGAACCACAGUUUCGCUGUAUAACAAAAAUAAAGACCAUUGGCAGCACCUACAUGGCAGCGUCAGGCGUCACCCCAGAUGUCAGUAAUGGCUAUGCGUGCAUGAAGAAAGAAGAGCAGUCUGACAGAGAGCGCUGGCAGCACCUAGCAGACCUGGCAGACUUUGCUCUGGCCAUGAAGGUCACACUCAUGAAUAUAAAUUACCAGUCGUUCAACAACUUCAUGCUACGCAUUGGACUCAACAAAGGUGGAGUGUUAGCAGGAGUAAUCGGGGCACGUAAACCUCACUACGAUAUAUGGGGCAACACUGUGAACGUGGCCAGUCGCAUGGAGUCCACAGGGGUGAUGGGUAACAUCCAGGUGGUGGAGGACUGCUAUAACAUCCUAAAGGACUAUGGCUUCCGCUUUGUAAGGAGGGGCCCCAUUUUUGUUAAGGGAAAAGGAGAGUUGCUGACUUAUUUUUUGAAGGGAAGAGACAAACAAGGCUCCUUUAUCAACGGCUCCUCCGUCACUCUGCCACACCAGGUGGUGGACAGCUAAAGACAACACACACAUUCAACUAAACUUUUGUGUGUGGACCACAGAGGAGUAGGACGUGGAGGAGCUGAUCUGAACUGAAGUGGACUUCAGCAUUUCAGUACAACUGACGCCACAUCUACAACACUCAUUGCUGGACACGGAUGUGGAAACAUGUGCCAGAAAAGAUUGUAUUUCAAUAUCACAUUGAAAAUAUGUACAAUUUUGACUAUUUAAAUAAGAACGACAGGAAGAACGAUUCAACAUGAGACAAAAGCACUAGAUAUAUGACACUGAAUGACUAUAUAUUGAGCAUUAAAUUGUAUCAGGGUCAGGCUCAGGUGUCUAUUGAAGCAAGGCCAUGUGAAGUUGCCCAAAAACUAAACAACGAAAAACUCACUUCCCUCAAUUCAUGAUGGUAAAAGUCCAGCAACAUUUUUAAAAUGUAAAUACAGACUGAUAAAUCUCUUCAAUUAAGCUUAAAACAUGGGACACUUGGAUGUUUAUGGAUCCUGGACAGACCUCUGGCCUUUUCUCAUUUGAAUGAUGAGCCCAAAGUACAUGAUACGUUUUGGUGUUUCACCACUGCCACAAUUUAAUCACCGACCAAUGCAAUUUGAUUGUUUUUCAAAGUAUUUAUUUUACCUUGACGCAUCAAGGUGCAGCACAGUCAGACUAUAUCACAACCCAUUAAGUGAUCUUUUGAUGUAAGAUGUGUCUGUCGAGAGCACACAGUCUGAUGUCAAGUGUGCAUGAAAUUAGAGCUGUCCCCUUGUGAUCAGAUCCCUCAGGUCACAUGUAGACGUCAAAGUUGAACAGGAACUCGGACACAUUCAUUUUCAACAACAGACAUUAGUUUAUCCGACAUUUAAGAUUUUUUUUCAUAGUGUUUAUUUUAUUUUUCUCUAUUUUCAAUUGAUAUUGAAUUUUAGCUGGAAAAUGUCUGACCAUAGAUGCUUCCAAAGACUUACACAUAAAAAAGACUUUUUUUCUUUUUUUCUUUUUUUAGGUGGUUUGCUGUGUCCAAGCCUAUUUCCCAGCAUUCUUUUCCCAUUCAUGAAAAACCUACAUACAGGAAAAGCUAAUCCAAGUUCAGUUGUCUGUCUGUUUUUGUCAAAGAAAAUUUUAAAGUAGACCAAUGAGAGGCCAAAGUGUGAUGAUUUGUUGGGAUACAUUUCUUGUACACCUGAGAUACUAAAUAUCUCCAUUCCUUUUGGCUCAGUGUAGGCUGGCUUGUUUUUGUUUUUUCAAAUUUCAACACAUCUAAAACAGACAUGGGCACAAUAAUUAAUAAUUAAUUCAUGAGUGUGUGUUAAUCUGUGGCUCAGAUAAUGUAAUUCAGAGGGAGCCUUGUCUUGAAUAUUGCUUCCCAUCAAAUCACUUUGAAACCUCUACCUAAGGUGGCUACAGGAAAGAAAUGAUUUCUAUUUCAAGUUAGUAUUUUAGAUGUACAGAUUUGACGUGUCUGGUGAGGCACCGCCAACUGACAUGGGGCAGGUGUCACCUGUGUUAGCUUUUGGAAUAAAGAAUGGAGUGAGCUGUUGCUCUUUCUUGUCCAGACUUUAUUGAUAGUGCAAUAGUUUCUUCUACAAACACAGGUCCUCGCUUGCCCUCUCUUAGGAAAACUGUCAAUCAUUAUUUCCCCUUUAACUCAUAUUUUUAUAUUCUAAUGUUUUCUUCAAUCUAAAAGGGAACGGAGACUUAAUGUGUCCUUACUGUACAUAGAGUUUAAACAUAGUUUAUUGGUUAGUUUAUUUAUUGAAAAGGACAGAGAUAUUGUUUUUGUUUUUUUUUACCCUGAUGUGAAAGUGCCAAUGAAGUAGGAGUUUACUUUUGGUUUAAAAGCCACAACUUAAACCAUAGCUGUUUUCUUUAUUCUUAUUUUAAGAGAAUCUCAGGCUUGGGAACAAAAAGCACUUUGAAUAAUUUUUCAACACUUCUUCAAUUCUGUUUUUUUUUUUUUUUUAACUAAAUUUUAGAGCAUAUUACUAACCUGACAACAAAGAGAUGCCCAUUGGGGAUCCUACACCAGCUAGAGGCAACAAUUGGCAACAUGAUUUGAAGCUAUGGUUCUUAUUGAUGCUAAUAUUAUAUUUGCAUUUUUAACCAUUUUCAUUGCGCCUUCCAGUUGCGUGGACUAAUUUAGACAUCCAGUAAGUCUACUUAGCCUGUUCUGAUCAGCUGAUCCCAGUUCUGUUUUUAGUGGAAGAGUCUCGGUGUGUCAUCUUUCAUUUUAUUACAUUUGUCAGCAUAAGGUGAGUUGAUUAAAGAAAUCUUAAAAAGUAAAGUGUAAGUGUCAUUAUUACAACACAAUGUAUGAAAAAUGAAUUGAUUAAUUGCACGGAAGAAAGCGAAAGUUUGUCUCCUAAAAUGUCUGAUUUUAAUUAUCUGUUUAUUUAUCGGUUUAUGUCUGCCUCGGCACAUCAGAAACAUCCUUCAUUUGGCAUUCAAAGGUAUUGGUUCAGCACUUCCAUAAAUGUCCAAUAAACAUGUCUGUCACACACAUAAACACUAACAAUAAUGAUAAUAUAUAUAUAUUUAUAUAUAUAUAUACAUAUAUACAAAUAAAUAUAUGCUAUUGUUUGUCUGCAAUAAAAACAAAAUGCAUUGUCUUU